AUGAGUGCUGUUGAGUCGGUCAUGCCUCCGGACGAGCCCCGGAGAAAACGAAGGAAAUACAGCAGAAACGGGUGUCGUGAAUGCAAGAGACGAAAGCUAAAAUGUGAUGAGGGAAAACCCAGUUGCUGGCAAUGCGAGCAUCUCAACAAGGAGUGCACUUAUGUGAAGGUGAUCAAGUUUGAUAAGUCGAGAAGUUUCACAGUAACUAAUGAAAGCUCAGAGGGAAUUCUUUCUGUGAACGAGGAUUUGACAGUUGGAUCAGGAGUAGCGAUGUCGCAAAAUCCUAGCCUACAGGAAUCCUCCAAAGGAGCUGCACCCAAAUCGCGAGUGCAUAAUAGCAGACCUGCCAUGGUCAAUGUGCCGAGGUCAGAAAGCUCAGCAGGCUCACCUCCAGUGAAACAGCCGAUUUUUCUGCCCAGGACUUCCAAUACCGACCAGUUCGUACCUGAACCAUCUACUUUUCAGUACAACUCGUUGGACGUGGACACUGCUCUCUUCAACGAUGCUUCGUUACUAAUCAACGACCUCAACGAUUUAAUCUACAUGAACAUGCCAUAUCCCGGUGGGACAGGUGUGGCUGGGUCCACACAGUCUGAUUCGUCGCUUUCCCCAGCAAGUUACUCGGUCCAUUCUGUUGAAGAACUGGCCAACUCAGAAUACGUCAAGAGUCUUACACAGACCUUGCAGAACGACUUCGGCGGAGCUUCCGCAGCAGCAACUCCAAUUGGAAACUUCAAUGGCCAAAUUGGAGGCCCUGGCAUGGAUUCAUUCUACAAAGCAAGCAACGCCAAGAAUGGGUUCUACCCAGAAACAUAUCAGUACUCGCAUAGAUCUCCAGCAGUCGACAUAUCCACUCCAAUGGGACCACCAAGAACGCCUAAUUACACGACGGAGAACGAAGCCUCCAGUGCUGUUCAACUUGAAAGGGAUAUGGAUCUGAAAUUGAGAAAAGUAUUGGCAGCAUUUCCCAAGUCGGCACUGCCAAAGGGAUCCCCCGAUAGUUGGGAGUAUCUGGUCACUUUGAACAAUUCCAUCUCGCCAAACGAUCUUGUUGCUCUUGCAAACUAUUUUGAAUGGUCUACCUCGUCAUCUCACAUACAUUACAUGAAGAUAUUCAUCACAAAGAUCCACAUGAAUUGUUUGCCGUUCACCACUUCCUUUCUGCAUAACUCCUUCAUCAACUGCUUUCUUCUCCAGGCCAAAAGAUCACCACAUUUGUUGUUUGCAAUGUUGGCUAUGGCAGCAAGAUAUGAAUAUUAUCAGUGUACCCAUGCUGACCAGGAUCCAAACAUGCUUCUUAAAAACAGAAAGGAAGCCAAGUUUCACAACAAGAUUCGUUCCUAUUAUCUCUCUUCGUGUUUGAAGGCACUGGAUUCAAUCCUGGAUGAUAAGGAACAGAUUUUGCAAAAUGUGGAGAGUUUGUUGCUCACCAUCUUGAUUCUGGCUUCAGAUUACUCUGCCUCAAGAGGUUCACAAUGGAGAGCACAUCUAAGAGGUGCCAAGGACCUCCUGAUCAAGUACUGUCGUUUCAAGCCGAUGAUCCUGGACCUGGCGAUUGCCAAAGUGUGGUUCUACUCCAUGGAAUCUUUAGCAGGGUUGACAGUUCCAUCAGGUGGAACAAUUCAUGGGUUUGAUGAACUGGGAGAGUUCUUAGAGAUGGGUGCUUAUGGAAGCGUUGGCCACACCUUGAGGUAUUAUGGAAUAGCUAUAGAUGGUCACCAUGUCGGGGAACUUGGGGCCUAUAUCGACAAUUCGAGCAGACCAAAUACCGCAUAUAAUAUCUAUCUCGGUUUCAAUGACGAUGUCAUAGAUAUCAUCAGAGAGUUGAUCUUGGUGAUCGAGUCAACCAGAUGGAUUGAGGAGAACAAAAAGGACCCCACUGCCAUUCCCCAUCCUUUUGUGAAGGAGAGGAUUAAUUCAAAAGGACAAGCAACCAGCACCCAUAUUCUCAAUAUAAUGCAGCUCAUAUUGAAGGCGCGCAGUUUCGAGAUUGUGACUAAUGUGUCUCCAUACAGAGUACCCUUGACCUCCAACUGCCACCCUCACUUCAACGGACCCAAGAACGCCCACGUGCCACCAUCACUGCUUCUUCACAGAACCCACCCAAAGAUGAGGAGUGAAAAUGAGUCAGAAAACUGGUUUUCCUGGUACGAUCUGUCACAGCAACUAUACAUUGACGCUUCGUAUCUGAGAUUAUUGGUUUCCAAGAACACUUUUGGCCACUCCAUCGACAACCCCUUGGUGCAAGAUGUGGUUACAAGGAUGCUGGAGGGGUUAUCUUCCAUGGUAAAGUUUGAUAAUGAGGCCAUCAGCAAGGCGGACGAGACCAGACUAAACGCACAUUAUAAUGGCAAGGAACAACUAGACAGCAGCCCGUUUACCGAAUGCGGUGACAAAACUAAUGGCACGCCAUCUGCAGAUGCACAGGAUCUUGAAAAAGAUGACAAACAUGAUGAAGACUCGUCUUUGUCAGAAGAUGAGCCCAUGUCGCCUUCUGUUAAGUUGGAGGAGGGACCCACGAAGAGCGGAGUGGAGUUCAUGGCCGGCGAGGAGAUGGACGACGAAGAGGACGAGUCCAAGCUGAACAUCGUGAAAGAAGCGUCCCUUUCGAGUCACCCCAACAGAAACAAGAUGCUAAAUUUCGACAAGUACAUGUACUAUCAGUUCGACAACCGUAUCAUCAUGAUCCACUGGCCUCUAUUCGUGUGUGGCUUGUGCUGUGUCAAGGCUCAGGAUAAGGCUAUAAUAGAAUGUUGCUUCAAGGCAUUCAUAAGACUUGGUGUUGGAAGCGGAGAGAUAACUUUGAGGAAGCUGAAGAAGCUCUGGAGACAACAGAAGAAAGGCCUUGUGAAAAGAACUCACGAUGUGUUCGUUGAUGAUAAGGAUUCGUUACCAUUUACAUGA